AUGCCUGGAAGAUGGCCACACGUCGUGCGAGUAUGUGGGGUGGAAGAAGACCGGGUUGCCUCGAGGCUACGUCCGAGACCUAGAAGCUCAGAUACGUAUGAACGCAUCUACAGAUCUUCUUCUGAGUUUCUCUUUGUCGCACUGACUGGGGUUGCAGAAGCCCUCAAGGCUGAAAAUGAUGAACUCCGCAACCUCCAAGGCAAGCCGCAAAGUGACAGCCAGACUAUUUCCCACCCUCAGACCACAGCCCAAUACGAGUUUCCCUCGGACGACAUCUUGCCGUCCGGGUUCCUGGGUCAGACGUCGCCUUACGCACCCUCGGACCAUGAUAUCUUGAUGCAGGAUCCUUUCGAUGUCGCUAGACUUGCAAUAUCGGAACUACUUACCGCAGAAGAUCGAAAUAAUCUGCCCAGCUUCAGCGUCGAUAAAGACGCACACGUGUCUCUGUCCGUCUUCGCACUUGCUUCGCGCCACGAAUCUUCCCUCGCAUCCAAAUCCGAAAUCUUCUACAGCCUGGCCAAGCAAUCAACUCAAGCUACCUUCAUUAAUCCGGACAUGAGUACCCUCACUGCAUUGAUCCUGCAAGCCAUCUACGAGAUUGGGAUGCCCAACUCCUCGGUGCACGCCCUGACGACCGUCGGGUCCGCUCUUUCACUUGCGAGUGCCUUCAGAUUGCUGAGGAUGGAGGAACAGGACGAGGGGGAGAGCAAGCCUAACCCAUGGAUGGUCCGACCGGUGGACUGGGUGGAGGAGGAAGGUCGAAGGAGGGCGUUCCUGAUGGUUCUGAGCCUGAGCCGUUGGAUGGCCACGAUCCAAGACCGCGAGAUGGGCUUUCCAGUAAAGCGGGAGAUCAACGUGAUGCUGCCCAUCAGUGAUGAGAUAUGGUUUGCCGACCCUGCUUCACAGCCAACAACAAGGCCAGUUACAGCCUCGAUUACCUCACUCCACAACGCGAGCGACGCAGGCCCGUUUGCCAGGUUUGUCCAGGCGCUCGGCUUAUUCGCAAAGGUCAACGACUUCAAUCAGGCAUACCGACUGCGAAGCAGCGGCCAGAACGGUGAAGAGUUGUCCAGGAUAGACAACAUCAUUCAGGCAUAUAUAGGCUCAUUCCCCUUAAGCUGGCGGAGUUCCCAGCUCGAAGGCGAACACCUGCUCGACCCGACCACACUCGCACUUGCCCACAGCGCCCUCCUUCUUCUUCACCAUCCUGUAGCGCGCAGGGAAUCACACGGCUACUCUAAAUCCCAAUGUCUGGCCUCGGCGGAAGAGAUUCUUGACGUCGUCUACGUGAUCCAGGACGUGCCCAAUGCUGGGAAUUACCUCCUCCCUCACCCGCUCGUGCUGGCCGCUCGAGUCCGACUCUUGGAGCUGUCCCAGCGGAAAGGCCACUACAGAGGCCGGGACAUGGACCUGAUCGUCAAGGCCCUGCUGACCUUUGGGAAGUACUGGGGCAUGCAAGAGAAACUCAGCGAACACGCAGGCAAGAUUGAAGCCAACACGGUGCCGUUCAGCGAGCCCUUGACGCACGUCAUCCCAGCCACGAAACAUCCCGUGUCAAGACAGAAGACGGCGCAGUUCGUCCCCAGCGCUGUUCCACGACGGCCCGGCGUGGAAAGAAACAACAGCGGUUAUCCGGCCACCCCUGGAGGAGGAGGAAUCAUUGCCGCUGCCCCUGGGGAGGAUCAAGGUAGGAUGGCGGGAGGAGUAGUUCAGAGCCCUGGCAACAACAACACGAACAUGAGCCUGGGUAAUUACGACGCGAGUCCGCCGCUGAAUCAUGACGCCAUGGACACCGCCAUCUUUUCCAGCGACAUCUUCGACUGGGCCAUGGGCCAUGGGUCGGAGGCGCUGGAAUCGCCGAACCAAUCCAAUCGUGUUUGGCAAACAGGUUUCUACCGCGAGUGA